AUGGCUUCCGACAGUUCUGACGAUGACAGGCCUUUGGCAGGCACGAACGGUCACAAGUCCGCUCCCAAGAUCUCACCAGCCACCGACCGCAAGAUGGAUAAACUCGCUUCCAGGGCCCGUCCGGCGCCCCCGAACGUCUCGAUUCGCAACGGCCCUGUGGAAGACAACGCGAUGGACAUCGACACCACACCCAACGGAGGCCCCAAGCGGAAAGCGCGCAGCUCUGUUGGUCAGACGGUCAGUUACAAGGACGAGUCGGACAGUGACAAUGGCGCACCACUGGCCAAGCGUCAAAAGUCCAAACACAAGCAAGAAGACUCCGAUAGUGACGAUGAGCCAAUUGCGAGAAAGAAGAAUGGCGCCAGGUUGCCUCCUUCCAUCAAGAACACCGCCAUGGUUGAUUCCUCCGAUGAUGACCAGCCUCUAGGAACCAAGAUCGCUCAGAGGAAGGCGGCGAUUGAGAAGUCUGCUGGCAAGAAGAAGCCGGCUGCGAAGAAGGCGAUCAAAGACGAGUCGGAUGACGAGCCGCUGGCUAAGCCCAAGAAGCGUCAAUCAAAUGGUGUCUCGGCCGCGAAAAAGACCAACGGCGUCAAGAAAGAAGAGUCGGAUUCGGAUUCGGAUGCCCCCAUCGCCAAGAAGGUGAAGAAGGAGGCUCCUGCCAAAGCCAAGGUCAAGGCCGCUGCUGCUCCUGCCAAAAAGGGCAGGUUGGUCAAGGAGGAAUCGGUGGCCAACAGUGCUGCUGACGAAGAGGAAGAGGAGGAGUAUCGGUGGUGGGACGCGCCAAAGAAGGAGGAUGAUUCCAUCAAGUGGACCACCUUGGAGCACAAUGGUGUCCUCUUCCCGCCCGCCUACGAGCCUCUCCCCAAGGAUGUCAAGCUCAUAUACGACGGCACGCCGGUCAAUUUGCAUGUGGAUGCCGAGGAGGUGGCGACAUUUUUCGGUGCGAUGCUUCAUUCCACCCAGAACGUCGAGAAUCCCACCUUCCAGAAGAACUUCUUUAAAGAUUUCAGGGAUGUUCUCAAGGAGACCGGUGGUGCCAAAGACCAGAAUGGCAAGCCUGUUGACAUCAAAGAGUUCGCCAAGCUCGACUUCACCAAGAUCUUUGAGUACUACAAGGGUCUCAGCGAAGCGAAAAAGGCUCGCCCGGCUGCUGAGAAGAAGGCGGAAAAGGCUGAGAAGGACAAGUUCGAGGCGCCCUACAUGUACUGCAAGUGGGAUGGCCGGAAAGAAAAGGUGGGCAACUUCCGCGUCGAACCGCCUGGACUUUUCCGUGGCCGUGGUGAGCAUCCCAAAACCGGCACUGUCAAGAAGCGUGUCAUGCCUGAGCAAGUCACGAUCAACAUCGGCAAGGAGGCCAAGGUCCCAGAUCCGCCGGCCGGACACAAGUGGAAGGCUGUGCAACACGAUAACAAGGCGACAUGGCUCGCCAUGUGGCAGGAGAACGUCAACGGCAAUUACAAGUAUGUGAUGCUGGCUGCCAACAGUACCGUCAAAGGCCAAGCCGACUACAAGAAGUUUGAGAAGGCUCGCGAGCUCAACAAGCAUAUUGCGAGGAUCCGAGCCGACUAUACCGCUGAGCUCAAGUCCGAGAUUAUGGCUGAACGACAACGCGCCACCGCCAUGUAUCUCAUUGACAAGUUUGCGCUCAGAGCUGGCAAUGAGAAGGACACCGAGAACGAGGCCGAGACGGUAGGCUGCUGUUCGCUCAAGUUCGAACACGUUACACUCAGGGAGCCCAACACGGUUAUUUUUGACUUCCUGGGCAAAGACAGUAUCCGCUUCUACAACGAGUUCACGGUGGAACGGCAGGUCUUCAAGAACUUGAAGCUGUUCAAGAAGCCUCCAAAGGCGGAUGGUGAUGACAUUUUUGACAGGCUCACGACCUCUCAACUCAACAAGCAUCUCUCCAACUACAUGCCCGGCCUCACAGCAAAGGUGUUCCGUACCUACAAUGCCUCCCACACGAUGUCAACACUUCUUCAAUCUCUCUCGGUCGAAAACAGGACCAUGGCUGAGAAGAUCAAGCUGUACAACGAUUGCAACCGUGAGGUGGCCGUGAUUUGCAAUCACAAGCGUACGGUUGGCGCAGCCCACGAGGCGCAAAUGGAGAAGCUUGCAGACCGCAUCAAGGGCCUCAAGUAUCAGAAGUGGCGCACCAAGAUGAUGAUGCUUGAUCUCGAUCCCAAGCUUAAGAAGAAGAAGGGCGCCGAGUACUUUGCACUCGACGAGGACAUUACCCAGGAGUGGCUCUUGGAACACCAGAAGUUCCUUGUGGAGGAGCAGAGGACCAAGAUCCAGAAGAAGUUUGAGAAGGACAACGAGAAGCGCGUUGCCGAUGGCGAAGCUGAGUUGGACGAAAAGGAGCUCAAGGAGCGCCUCAGGGUGGCUGCGGAGCUCGAAGCCAAGUACAAGAAGGAGAACAAGACCAAGAAGGUGGAGGCCGAGGGCAAGGGCCCCGCCGUCGAGAAGCUUGAGGCGGCCGUCAGCAAGUUUGAUGACCGCAUCAAGACGCUCGAACUGCAAUGUGCUGAUCGUGAGGGCAACAAGGAGGUGGCCCUGGGCACAUCCAAGAUCAACUACAUCGAUCCCCGUCUCACAGUCGUUUUCGCCAAGAAGUUCAACGUUCCUAUUGAGAAGUUCUUCUCCAAGACGCUACGCGACAAGUUCAAGUGGGCGAUUGAGUCGGUCGGCGACGACGACACGUGGGAGUUCUGA